CGGCAGCUGCACAAGAACGAGUCUGCAUUUUGACAGAUCAAUGUGAACUAUUCCGUUGUUACAGCGCUUUGUGCUUCUGGCAACGCUGGUUCUGGUCAGGCUGGGAAUCGGCCGCCUCAUCGGAAAAUCGGCGCUGCUGGCGCUAAACAUGGCGCAGAUCUCUUGGAAUAUUUUGAGUGUUUGGGAUAUCGAGUACUUAUUUUUUGCGGUGUGAAAUCAAGGUCGCAGUGUGUUGUGCACUUUUACGGACCAAAUGUUGAGCGUCUUCGCGCUAGCAGCAACACUGCCCGAGGCCCUUGGGACGCUCCACCGAGGCCGAUGUCGAGAUGGAAGCAAGACUGGAUAGGCCCACGGACGAAGGCAGUAGUGACAGCACUGCUGCCUGUCUGCCAUUGCACACGGCCGCGGCCUCCUCGCCUGCGGUGGCCGACAGCACGCAGGGCAGUGCCGCGGAAGAAGAGCCCCGUCAUGUGACUGAAAAGCCCAGUUCCUUGGAACGGUCUGGUGCUGGAACUGGGGAGAGUGUCCCCGAGGGAGGCGGCACAGGUGCCACGGACGAUGAUGGGCAAGGCCAGCGCGAUGGAACACCCGCACGCCAGGCUGGAGACUCUCCCAAGGCGUCCAGCCUGCCAUCGGUGUCGUCUGGCAGAAACGGCGGCAGUGUGGUUUCUCCACUUGUGGUGAAAAGAGGCCCUGGCAGACCGCGAAAAGAUGGCAGUAGUCCCGUGCAACGCAAGAAGCUUCACAGCUUCCCUGGCCGGCCCAGGGUGCGAUCACGGAAGCCGAGCUUGCUGUCGCUGGCAGGCAGCAGCGGCCAAAUGCCACCCGGUGGUUCCUUGUUGGAGCAGCCGCCAGCUUCCUAUGAUAUGGAGCUGGAGCAUUCAGGGCAACCCCCGCUGACACCUCAAGCCAGCACGUCUAUGUCUGACAGUGCACAUUACGAUCAACCUGGUCAUGGCGAAUCUCCGCAUGAAAAGCAAGAUGAGCUGUCACCAGAAGGGUCUGAGCGUGUGUGUGCGCUGUGUAACCUGGGCGAGAGCAGCUCCAUGGGUCAGGGCAAGUUGGUGCGCUUCGAGCCCACCCUGGGCUUCCAGCCAUUCCGCAGGGCGGCUAAGCUGGUGCAACGGGCAGCCUCGUCCAGUGAAGAUCGCACCCCCAGCUUGCAAGGGAGCACCACGCCCCCUCUGCGCCGAGGUGGAAAAGGGCUCCGGCUGUCCAGGGGGAAACCUCUCUCUCGACUGUCUGCUGAAUUCAAGCCUCCAAAUAGCUCUGAAGAGAUGCUGACAGUGGGCUUCGCAGAAGAGCCUGAUGUUGGGGCAGUGUUUGAGCCUUCAGGCCAUACGUAUGUUCACCGAAACUGUGCUGCAUGGUCAGAAGGUGUUUGUCCUGGAGAAGAUGACAGCCUCAUUCACGUUGACAAAGCUGUUUUCUAUGGAAUGUCUCAGGCAAUGAGAGAGCUUAACUAGAGUGGUUAAGUGGCACGAAGAGCAAGACUGUGACGUAAACUGCGCUUUGCGAGCACAUUCAAUGUGCUCCCGCUGCGAUUCCACUAUGCAAGCUGUAUGGCUGUGUCAGCGACGUGGCCUUCGAGGCUGCACGAUCUCGGAGACUAAGAUAAGGAAUUUGCUGAGUAGUGGUGCUAUCCGCGAGUAGCUACAAGCAGACGACGGCAGCAAGGAGAAUGACUUUCGAUCACGGUCUUUCGAAUGAAACUUUGGACAGUUCCCAACAACUAGACCGUGUGACUGUGACGUGCCCUUCUGCCAGGGCUAGUCAGACUGGAAGCCGUGGACGGUUUGUGGACAGUCUGGGACUGUAUGCUCGAAGCCCAGUGUGCAUGACAGCUGGAGUCGUUUGGACAGAGUUGCCUCAUUAAAGAAAAAUAAAG